AUGCCGACCGAAUUCAUCAGCCUAACUUUCCCCAAUCACUCAACGGAACUCAAACCCAUCCCAAAUGCAAGCAUCGACCCCAAUUUCCUAGUCCGCUACGCCCGCUCGCUCGACGACCACGAAUUCAACUACACGCUCAUCCCUUACGACUCCUCCUCCUUCGACCCCUUCACCAUCGGCGCGACAAUCGCCUCCGUAACCAAGAAAUUGAAAGUGAUCAUCGCCCUCCGUCCAAACACCCUCUAUCCCACCGUCGCAGCCAAAGCCCUCGCAACCCUCGACCAGCUCAGCUCCGGCCGCGCAGUAGUCCACUUCAUCGCCGGCGGCAGCGAUGCAGAACAAGCGAAAGAAGGCGACUUCCUAAACAAAGAAGAGCGGUACGCCCGACUGGAAGAGUACAUCAAGAUCCUGCGCCGCGCCUGGGAAUCCGCUGACCCAUUCGACUGGGACGGGAAAUACUUCCAAUUCAAAGGUUUCAGCAACAAGGUCCGUCCCGUCAACGGAACAAUCCCGGUCUCCGUCGGCGGCUCAUCAGACGAAGCCUACCGAAUUGGCGGGUCACUAGCCGACAUCUUCGGACUAUGGGGAGAGCCCUUGAAAGAGACGAAAGAGCAAAUCGACCGGAUCUACACCGAGGCCGAUAAAGCGGGUCGAGCUGAGACCAACCGGCCACGCAUCUGGGUGACGUUUCGACCUAUUGCCGCGGAGACGGACGAAUUGGCCUGGAAGCGGGCGCAUGCGACGCUGGAUGCGUUGACGACCAACCGGGCGCUGGGGCAGGGGAAGGCGCCGCCCGAUGCACCACCACCGCAGAAUGUUGGGUCUCAGCGGUUGCUGGACAUUGCGGCCAGAGGCGAGGUUCAAGAUCGCGCGCUUUGGUACCCGACUGUUACGGCGACGAAUGCGAGAGGCGCGUCGACUGCGCUUGUUGGGUCUUAUCAAACUAUUGUUGAAUCCAUUUUGGAUUAUGUUGAUCUGGGCGCGGAGUUGAUUUCUAUUCGUGGGUAUGAUAAUCUUAAUGAUGCUAUUGAUUAUGGGCGGUAUAUCCUCCCUGGUGUGCGGAAGGUGCUGGGGGAGAGGGCGAAUGGGUCGACUGCUUGA